AUUUUAUGAUCAGUCAGUGAUCGAGUCCUGCGAUUAGUUUUUGACAUGUGUUGUCCUAACCUUUAAAAAACUUGAAAAAAUAAUGGACAUUCAAGUGAAUUUUAGGGCAGGGGGCUCCUUUGUUGAGCUCCCCCCCAAGUUUUCGUCCGAUUCUGGGAAUAUUUACGUAGCAUGGAAAAAUGAAAUUUUGGGCUACAGUUCAAAAACGGGGGCCCAAUUUGUCCAAUUUAAGGGAAUCAAAGACCGAAUUGUCGGUUUUGGAGUCCACUAUCUCGACUCAUACGAAUGUGUAACCGCAUGUUCAUCAUCAGGCGAAGUCAUUACUUGGAAAGUUGUAACUUAUUUCAAAUUACUCAACAAGAAAUUGGGAAAAAAAAACGUGGUCACGUUUCACAUCGUGCCAUCUGAGACAAACGAACUCAAGGCACUCAUUUCGCAUAAAGAGAAAAAUAUUUUUUCGUUUAGUGUUUUCGAUUUAAUGACGGACACAAAUACGUCCUGUGGUUUAACUCUCGGCCCACAUUUGUACCAUGUUGACGUCGCUACCGAAUAUUUUGCUGUGGUGCAAAAAAGUUCGCUAAAUGUUGUUCCGUUUAAAGACGCGUUAAAAACGUACACUUUUUGUAUGGAGAAGCCCAGACAAUUCACUUGUGUAGCCUGUCAUCCACUAAACGAAGUGAUUUUAACUGGUGAUAACACUGGGCGUGUUUUAAUGUGGCAGAAAUUUUUGACCACAAAACCAACAAAAGCUGUUUUUCAUUGGCACACACUUCCAGUUAAGUGUAUUGGAUUUUCGGCCACUGGAACGUGCUUUUACAGUGGCGGAGAUGAGUCUGUUUUGGUCAAAUGGCAACUUGAUAAUCACUUUGAGAAAAAAUUCCUGCCCAGAUUACCGUCAACUAUCGCACAAAUUUCUGUCUCACCUAAUAAUAUUUUUGUUGCCAUUUCUACGGACGAUAAUGCUGUUAGAAUUGUCGAUUCUCGUUUGGAUAAUGUUAGUUUGAUUCAACAUUUAGUUAUUGGGGAUAGUCUAGAGAGCGGGAUUGUGGUGGAUUCGAAAAGUAGGGCUCUGGUAAUGAAUGGAAAUGUUGGACAUAUUCAGUUUUAUUCACCGUGUGAUAACAGUCUCUUAUAUAACGUGGAUGUUGUGGGGCAAAAUAAAAUAAGUAAUGAGAGAAGUUGUAACAUUGAGAAUACAAAAGUGUCGAAAAUUGCCAUAAGUAAAAACAGUUCAUGGAUGGCAACUAUUGAAAACCGAAAAGAUCCAGAAUAUUCGUCCGAACUGAGACUAAAAUUUUGGAACUUUGAUCCAAAUAUUCAAAAUUAUAAAUUAAACACUUGUGUCGAAGACCCUCACUUGAACCACGUCAAUGCUGUCAGUUUCCAACCCACUGAUAACAUGGACGAACUCAAACUUGUGACCGUAGGUGGUGAUAAAAAAUUCAAAGUUUGGUAUUUGUCAGAAACUGAAACUGUAAAUAGUAAAAGUCAAAUUUGGCGCUGCCUUUGUGUUGGUUUUUACCACGAUCUUGAUUGCAAAAGUCUCUCAUUUUCAAUUGAUGGAUCCUUACUUGCAGUCAGUUUUAAUAAUAUUGUAACAACUUGGCAGCCGGACUCUUGCAAUUUAAAAUGUGCUCUAGUCCACUCUGGGCAUAAAGAAGAAAUCAAUCAGAUUGAAUUUGGAAAUAGCAAUCAGUGUCAUUUGAUUGUAGCUGCCAGUAAUGGAAGAUUAAGCGUUUGGAAUUUGCUGACAUUGACUAUGAUCUGGACUGUACCUGUGCACGUGUCUGUUUUAACUGCAGACACAGUCACCACAAAUAUGGCCGUCAUUACAAAAGAUAACAGAAUUUAUGUUUUUACACCAAUCUCACCAGAACCAGUAUUUUCAAGUGACAAACUCCUAAAAACCUAUAGUCGCAUUAGUGCUGCUGUGUUUGUACCAAGCAAAUACAGUAACGAUGUAAAAUUAAGGUGGUAUCAGAGGUCACCAAUAUUUUUCAUUGAUUCAAAAAGGCAAUUACAUUGUCUUGGUGGUGAAAUAGAAAAUGCCGAAACACCGACAGUUGACGAAAUCAGCAAUUCCUUGUUCAGUAUGACCAUUCCACAGUCAAAAGUCGAUAAAAAUCGGUCAAAAGAACCGAUCAAACACUUGUACCAGAAAGACCCGGGGCAAAAAAAUUUGAAAAAGUAUUUGGAGUCACCUAUACAGACCAUGAUUCCAAUAAGAAUAAUGUGUGGCUCAUUGUUGCGCUCCAUGAUCGUCCAGAAGCAAUAGUUGGCGUGGGCGUGUAUUACUGGUUGCCUGCAUGAAAUUUGAUUUGAAGAAUUCGUUGGGAAAAUAUCUUUAGCCUUCCUUAUCUUUGUUAUUUUUCGAUACUGAAUCGUAACACACAUUUCGCAAAUAAAUUUUAUCUUACGUAA